UGCCCCGCCAGAGUAGACUUUUUCGUUCUCUUUCUCAGUUUCAUUCAUUCUUCUUCUUCAGUCCACUCCGAAAGAAAAGUCCUCUGAAUUCUCUCCCAAAUCAAAACACUUUUACUCUUCUUCUUCCCUGUUCCGAUCUUCAAAGCCUUCCAACCAUGUCGCCCAUGGUGACCGAUAUCCUUCUCCAAGUGGGCCUAAUCCUGCUCUCCAUUUUCAUGUUCCUCGCUCUCCACGACAUCCCCAAGAAACUCUACGCCAAAUUCCGCCUCCGCAACCGAUCCCAAGCCCAAGCCAAGCGCCACUUCGUCGUCGGCGCUCAGCUCCUCGCCCGCGCCCGUUCCCGAUCCGACAGCUCCCGCUCCGCCGUCGCCCCUCUCGCCGAGCAAGCCCUCGCUGAGGCCGACAAAGCCGUAGCGCUGGACCCCACCGACGCCGCCGCUCACAUCCUCCGAUCCCUUGUCCUCGACCUCCAGGGCUUCAAGAGCUCCGCGCUCGACGCCAUAGACGCCGCGCUCUCGCCACUCGCCGCCAAGUCGCUCAGCGAGAGGGAGCUCGGCGACGCGUUCUUCAAGAGAGCCGAGCUGAAGAUGGCGAUGGGCCGCCGCGGGAAGGUCGAAUCGGCGAUCGGGGACUUGGAUCGGGCGGUGGAGCUUAGCCCGGAGAACGCUAGGGCUUUUUGCUUGCUCGGAGAGUGCUACGAAGCGAAGAAGAUGGAGGCCGAGGCCCGGAAGGCGUACGAGGACGCGGUGAGAAUCGAGCCCGAAUUGGCCCUGGCUCGGGAGGCUCUGGAUCGGUUGGUGAGCUCUUCCUAGUCAAUUACUUGCAAUAUCUUAACUUUUUUUUUUGAGGUUUUUGCUUGUUGUAGAGUUUUAUAGAAGUUGAUUAUCGACUUCUUUUAUGGUGACUGUGGUAAUGGUGAUGAUAAUAAUGUUGUAAUAUUUCAAGGAAUGGAAUUUCUUUACUAGUUAAUAUGCUGAGAAUCAGAUUCUGAUGUUUAUAUGUUCGUACUGGAUUUUUGGGCGUGAAUGUGCUUUGAAGUUUGAAUCUUUGGAAGUGAUAUUGGAAUCUUUUUCAUGUUUGGAUUGGAGGAAAA